AUGGCGAUGCUUAGCGUACCACUGGUGGUGGUCUCCUGCAGCUUCCUGGUGUUCCAGUGGCUGUUCCAUGGUGUCAGCCCAUGGCUGUUUUCAUGGCUCUGCCCUGCCUUCGUCCAUCUACCGCACACACACAGGAUGGAGUGGAACGCCAGAACAGUCUCUACGGUCCAUGCUCUUGUAGUGUCUCACUUCAGUCUGUAUAUAUUUCUAUUUGAUGAAGGCAUCAAUGAGAACCCUAUCUGGGGAGAUCCAACAUUGGUGAAGCUCAACGUUGCCAUAACAACUGGAUACUUACUCUCAGAUUUGCUCAUCAUGUUUUCCUCUUGGGAGAUUACUGGGGACAAACUCUUUGUGUUGCAUCACCUAGCGGCUCUGUAUGCCUACUCAUAUGUCCUGGACCAAGGCAUAUUGCCCUAUUUUGCCAACUUUCGCCUUUUAUCAGAGUUCUCCACUCCUUGUGUAAACCAGCGAUGGUUCUUCAAAGCGCUGGGUUACCCCAAGACCUCUGUGCCAAACCUGGCCAAUGGUGCACUGAUGGCAGCCAUAUUUUUCUUGGUGAGGCUUGCUGUGCUUCCAGUCUACUACUACCGCGUCUUUGGAGUCUAUGGCACACAAGCCUACCACCUGCUGUCCACUGGGGGCCGUUUGGCAUGGCUGCUGUCCAGCCUCUGUCUUGACCUACUGAACAUGCUCUGGAUGCGGCGUAUCUGGAAGGGAUGCCUGCGGGUCCUCCACUCCUACAGAGGGGUCAGGGGUCAGCCCGGCUUCAAGACAGACUGAAUCUAUGUUUGUGACUCUAUGUCUUGGCAGACAGAAACUGUAGCUUCAACGUCACUGUAAUGUUGCGAUGUGAAUCUAUGUUUUGGCAGACAGGAACUGUAGCUUUAAUGUCAUUG